UCUCAUGUAGGGUCAUGUUGGGAGAUUUAAGUGACAUUGAUUAGUGUUUUUUGUUCCUCAUAUCGAGGUGCUUAAUUUGAGUAAAUUAAGAAACAUAUUUUAGUCUUUGGUUAGUGACUGUUCAAGAAGGUUCCACUGAGCUAUGAACAUACAGCAGGGUACGGUGCUGUAAGGAAGGAAGUUGAAUUAAAUCUGCUUGACAUGCUAUUGAAGAUGGAGUUUGUUAAAGAGGAGUUUAAAGAGGAGAAUGAAGACGUCACUAUUUCAGAACCAUUCAGACUGAAGAAUGAAGACACUGAGGAACAGAAAGAGCUGAUGAAAGUGAAAGAGGAAAGUCAAGAACUGAAUGAAGUGGAGGAGAAACAUCAUUACCAGAAACCUGAUAUUUAUUUAAGUGGUAAAAAAUAUUUUAGUGGCACACAGACUAAAAAGAAAUUCUCACAAAAAAGAGCUCAAACUUCAUUCACCUGCCAUCAGUGUGGAAAGAGUUUCACUCGUAAAGGAAGCUUUAAUAUCCAUGUGAGAGUUCACACUGGAGAGACCCCAUACACAUGCCAUCAGUGUGGAAAGAGUUUCAGAGAGAAAUCAAAUCUUCAGGAGCACAUGCGAAUUCACACAGGAGAGAAGCCUUUCACGUGCCUCCAGUGUGGGAAGAGUUUUGCAAAUAAAACCAACAUGAAAGCCCAUACGAAAUGCCAUUCAGGAGAGAAAUUUCACAAAUGUUCUGAGUGUGACCUGAUGAAGCUGAAAGAGGAAAGUCAAGAACUGAAUGAAGUGGAGGAGAAACAUCAGUUUCAGAGACCUGAUGAUUUCUUAAGUGUUAAAGAAUCUUUAAAUGGCUCACAGACUGAAAAGAAAAUAUCAUAUAAAAGAACUCAAAGAACAAAACAUUAUUUCACCUGCUCUCAGUGUGGAAAGAGUUUCAGACAUAAAGGAACCCUUGAAAAGCACAUAAGGGUUCACACUGGAGAGAAGCCAUUUACAUGUCUCCAGUGUGGAAAGAGAUUCCCGCAUAGAAAAAACCUUAAGAACCAUAUCAGUAUUCACACCGGAGAAAAGCCUUUCACGUGUCUUCAAUGUGGGAAGAGCUUCAAACAUAAAAGAAGCCUCAAAAAUCACAUAAGAAGUCACACUGGAGAAAAACCUUUCACAUGUCUUCAGUGUGGUAAGAGUUUCGCAAAUAAAACGGCACUGAAACCCCACAUGAGAAUUCAUUCAGGAGAGAAAUUACACCACUGUUCUCAGUGUGGAAAGAAUUUCACUCUGGCAAGAUAUCUCAAAAUUCAUGAGCUCUAUCACUCCGCAGAAAGGCCAUUUAACUGUGAUCAGUGUGGUCAAAAAUGUAUUUGUUCAUCAGAUCUAAAAAGACACUUGAAAAUUCAUGCAAAUGAGAAGCCUUACACGUGUUCUCUUUGUGGAAGGAGUUUUUCACUGCAGGAAAAUUUUAAACAACACCAGUUAAUACAUACUGGUGUGAAAGAUCAUGUGUGCGGUGAGUGUGGAAAAGCCUUCGGACGAAUCAACACCUUGAAACGACACCAAAGAAUUCAUACGGGAGAAAAACCUUACAAGUGUUCAUACUGUGGAAAUUGUUUUGCUCAUCCAAGACUCCUGAUAUCACAUGAGAAAGCGCAUGCUGGAGAGAAGACGUAUGACUGCUCUCAAUGUGGGAGGAGUUUCAGCUCGCCAAGUACUCUACGGAGACAUAUAAAGAAGAAUUGCCCAAAGAUGCCACAGUGAGCAAACUUCAUCUUGAAAAUCUUACCCUGCAUUCCAAAUGGGAUAAAUCCUUCUCCGAAGGGAACUUCAAAGGGACAACAAUCAUUGAUCAUAUAGACUGACAUGUUGAAUGGUGGUUCCAAACCAAAGUGGUCAUGAAUAGCUGUUUUGAAGGGCUUUCAAAGCAAGACUUUCAGUAGAGUUCAAUGGAUGGACACUUCGCUGCCAAACAGACCGGUACCAGACUUUAUAAUACAGUAAAUCUGCAGGUGUGCCAACUGCCAAGUGUCAUAUAAAAUAAACCAGCUGCAACUGCAAACACACUCUGGUUCUAUAUACCAAAACGUGACAACUCUAAGACUAAUAAAAGCUUUAACCUUUGUAUUGAAUUUUUUAAAUAAUUUUUAAUAGAAUCGAAUAAAUAGAAUAGAAUUACCCUGGCUAUUUGAUGUAGCUUACAUUUCUUCAUAAGUCCCAAAAGUUUAAAGCAAUUAUUUUUGCUUUUUAUAGUGA